AUGAGAUCUGACCUACGCGACCGCCGCAUAACAUUGUGGAUAUCUGUGUUCGUUGUCUCUGUGUUUGUCCUGCGCCAUCUCCAAGAUGGGAUCUAUCGCAUUCUGCCAAAGUACGGAUAUGGAGCCAAUGCUGGUCCCAUCUGGAGCGCAACACAAGACGCUGAAGUGAUUCGGUCGCUCAAGCUCAACACGUCGAGGAUAGAAUACCGUCGAUACUGUUCCCGCGCCAGACCGAACAAAGACACCAAAAGACAGCCCCUCAUCGGCCUGAGCUGGCCGUUGCUGAGGGAUACGCAGGCCAACCAGAUCGCUGCAGAGCAGCUUGAACACGAUGGCUUCAACAGAGCAUGUCAACAAGGACAGAUACUCAAUGUACCUCUCGAUCGCCCCAAUGCCUUGAUAGACACUGGCAGGCUCAUGCUCGGAGCUGCAACUUCUAUCAAACGCAUCAAACAAAGUCUACCAGAGAUGGCUCGAUGGCUCGCCAACACAAACACAAAUCUUGUAGUGGUUCUUCGUGACAAGAAUCCGAAGACCACCGAUCUGCAAGUUGUCAUGGAUUUGGCCGAAGAGCUGAAGAUAGAUGUCACAUUGGUCUCGGACCCUUCGAUGACAGGAGAGGCAGAGAGCAACUUUGGUCUGGCAACAUACCUGCACAAGAGUCUUUCGGAAAACACACAAUGGGUUGGAAUCAUAGACGAUGAUACCUUCUUUCCAUCCUUGCCACGAUUGCUGGCAUCGCUUACUCCUUAUGAUCCGUCACUUCCUUGGUACAUUGGCGGCUUGAGUGAGCGUCGUUUAAGCACAAGCAGAGAAGGGUUCAAAGCAUGGGGCGGAGCAGGGAUAUUCCUCUCCCGACCUCUGCUGACCACCCUAGCCGAGAAUCAUCGUGAGUGCCUACCCAUGGCAAAACAGUGGGGUGAUGCAUUAUGGCGAGAUUGUGUCUUCAAAGUCACCACGCCUACGGUGCAUCUCACCAGACUCCCCGGCCUCAAUCAACUUGACAUGUUCGGCAAUAUGGCUGGCUGGUAUGAGUCGAGUCCCAAUCCGCUUCUCAGCAUUCAUCACUGGAAGAGCUGGCACCAGUUCCCUAUACCUCUUGCGCACCUAGUCACAGAUGUCGCAGGUGUAGACAGUUUCCUGCAGCGAUACAGCUACAUCGAUAAUGUAGUGUUUACCAACGGCUACAGCAUUGUGCAGUAUCCAGGUGGUCUACCAGACAUGAACCUUGUCGAGGGAACAAUGCAUCCAUAUCCCGGUGCAAAGAUGCCAGGUGCUGGUGGCGAGUUCAAGGAUAGUCUUGGGAGGUUGCGGCCAGCUUUGGAAGAAGGGCGACAGAAAAUCAGUUGGACUUUUGUAACUGCAGUCACAGCAGACAAUGGUUGUGUGAGGCAGUUUUAUGUUAAAGGGGCUUCUGCUGGACAGAGCGAUGUAGAUAGUGUUAUUGAGGUAGACUGGUGUCGUAGCUGA